UUCUGCAGUCUACAGCGGCAUCGUCGACAGAACACAAUGAAGGUAGUAAAAGAGUUUUGUAACGAUAUUUCCAAGUACUAUCCCGACACGAACGACUUUUAUAGCUGGUACAUCGCGCUUUGUGUAAUCAACGGAAUUUUGGCUCUCUCUGCGAUAUUUGGCAAUACGAUUAUCAUCUGUGCCCUAACAAAGACAACUUGUGCCUUAUCUCCUUCGCAAAUACUGCUGCUUGGUUUGGCUUUCUCCGAUCUAGGUGUUGGCUUAGUCGUACAGCCCUUGUACAUCUCCAUGAUAUUUGAGAUGCUCCGAAGUGAUUCUGCUUCUCCGGAUGACUCUGAGUGCAAAACAAAGAUUGCUUUUCUGGUUGUAGGAACUUUUCUUACUGGCGUUUCAUUCUUCGUCGUUUCCGCGAUCAGUUUUGAUCGCUUCCUCGCUAUCAGCCUGCAUCUUCGUUACAGGGAAAUUGUAACAGAAAAGAGAGUAAGCAUUACUCUGACCGUUCUCUGGACGCUCAGCGCAGUUGCAGCUCUCGGUUACCUGUUCAUGGGAGAUGUUAACCGAGAGGCAGUGUCCAGCACAUUUGCGAUAAUAUUUUUCGUCACAACCACCAUAACUUUUGUAAGAAUCUACUUCGCUGUCCGCAAACAUCGUUUGCAGAUAAAAUCUCAAGAACAAACGGCAAGUGAAAAUUGCAAAGAAUUAGCGCUAAGCAAAAGAAAGCUUAAAUCGGCCGUCAACAUCUUGUAUGUUUACAUCGUGUUCACCGCUUGUUAUCUCCCCUAUACAGGUACAAUGCUGAUCAUAGUAACGUCUGAGCACGGAUUAUUUCUGAAAGGAAUGUUUCAGUUUUCAUUGACAUUAGGAUUUUUUAAUUCGUCCGUGAAUCCCAUCUUAUACUGCUGGCGGAUGAGAGAGAUACGGAGAUAUGUUUUAGAAAUACUCAAGAAAUUCCUGCCAUGUUUACAAACGGAUCAAGGUACUGAAAUCCCAAAAGAGAAGAAAUUAUCAAUCUUCACCUCCUCUCAUUUCAAAAGAGACCAGUCAACAAAGAGUCGUGCAAGUCAAGUUAACUAAACGAACCAUUCGUCAUCAAAUGAUCAGAGAGGAUUUUUGAGAGGCACUUAUUCGACAAAUAAAUAUUUUCCACUGAUAGACACGAUGUUGGUAUAGAAAAACAUCUUCACAUUGGACAGAUGCUUCAUCGAAGGACACAGGAGGAGUUUAAUUCAUUUUAAGAAUUCACAGCUUGCAGUUUACAUUUAGAUGACAUAUGUAACUGCUAAAUUAUAACCUGUGCGACUUAUUUUUCUUUCUAUUCAGAAAAUCUCGUCAAGAGGGCGGUGAAAGAGAAUGUAUCGUAAGAAGAAAGGUUGUUAAGUGCUGGCUUCAAUUGUUUAACGGCCUUAUAGCCAGCCUCUUCCUAUCGUUUCUCGUGAAGAAGGAGAUUAUUUUAUCCCAGUACUGAAAACCUCUUUUCUGUCC